GGGAGGGGGGGAUCACCGCUGCCUGGUGUCUUCCUCGAGAGAGAAGUCAGACUUCGGUGGAGAAGAGGAGUAGAGACGAGAGCGGCCGAGGAGAGGAGGUUUCAAAUGUUGUGUCGCGUGCACCGUCUGCGCCUCGCCAGCGAGAAACCGGACAGAUCCAUUUCGCGCCUGCCCGGCCAACCGGUCGCGCGCCGAGCUUAAUCGCGACGGGGGAUCCCCGCCAGCCGUGUGCGAGCGCGCCGAUGUGACGAUUUAACGGGUGAAAAUCUGUUACGUUCCGGGCGGCGCGGACGCCGAGGAGAUUACAUAUGAAGCUGCUCGACUGGACGCUGGUAGAGAGGUCCAUUAACGAAACGGCAUGCUUGUAAGAGUCUGGCCGCGCACCGUCACGUGGGAUGAAUGAGGAAGAAUUGUUGAAACGGUCUGCCGCAGAGCGCGAUAGGAUUUUCAGCUGCUAUGAUCGCGGACGGGAGGGCGCCGAGAUUGAUCCCUGGGAGGAUCCCGGCUACGAGGUUUAUCACACUACGGAUAGAUAUGGAUUCAUACACGAUAAGAGACUACCACAGAAGCCGGAUGCGUACCAGGUCAAGUUGCAUCACGUAGAGAUGGAGAGGCUGAAGAAAUGGGAGAAGAUGACGAAGCAGUGGGACAGUGCCUCGACCAAGGAGAAACUGCGUCGUAGGAUAUACAAAGGGAUACCCAACAGAUUUCGUGGCCAAGUAUGGACUCUACUGCUGGGCAUAAAGAACCUGAAGAAGGAGCAGGCAGGCAAAUACGAAGAGAUGCUGCAGCUGGCUCGUCAAUGGUCCACGGAGAUACGGCAGAUCGAUGCCGACGUCGCCAGACAAUACAGAGAUCAUAUUAACUAUAGAGAGAGAUAUAGCAUAAAACAAAAGUCCAUGUUUUACGUACUGGCUGCCUACAGUAUGUACAACAUGGAGGUAGGAUAUUGCCAAGGAAUGUCCGUGCUAGCCGGUCUGCUGUUGCUUUACAUGGACGAGGAAGACGCUUUCUGGGGCCUUUCUGUGUUACUUGCCGAUCAAAAAUACAGCAUGCACGGCUUUUACGUCGAUGGAUUUCCUAAAUUAAAUCGCUUCAUAGAGCACCAUGACAAGAUAAUGAACAAAUUUUCGCCGAAACUGAAACGGAAGAUGGAUAAGUGCGGCUGCGAUUCCAUACUCUAUGCGUUGAAGUGGUUCUUUGUUGUCUUUCAGGAGAGAACUCCCGUUAGUCUUGGUCUUCGUAUUUGGGACAUAUUUCUGUUGGACGGUGAUCGCGUAUUGCCGGCAAUGGCGUAUACCGUGAUGAAACUGCAUAAGCGCUACCUAAUGCCGAUGGAGAGUCUCGAUGAGUUCUGCAAUUAUCUGCAGAUCAAGCUGGAGAAGGAUUUUGGCUUCGACGAUGAUGCGGUGAUAAGUGCGAUGGAACGCAGCAUGGAAGAUUUAAAGCGUGCCAAAUUAGACUACCCGGGUGCCCCGUUGCCGCACGAAUUACCCCGUUAUCCGUUUGGCACUUUUCAGGAGCCUACCUUUACCAACAAGGUUGGAAGGCGAAGCGAAGAGUUUAGCGAAGCUCAGCAUGUAAUGCGAGAGUCGGUGGCGCAGCGCAGGGACAUGGCGCUGAUCGACGACGGCAGGGAGAGCACCACGCCUGUUGAGCCGACCAGUGGCCUUGGUGGAAGCAAAUUCUCCUUUGAUCCGAGCCUCGACGAUGGCACGUCACCCAAUGGCUCUCGCCGAUCGUUGGCCGAGACGUCGGUGACGUCGACGGCCGAUUUGUCAGUGUUCAGUUCGGCAACACGCUCCCAGGCCCUGGACAACAGCCUGGACACCCAGAGCAAUAUCUCGAACGCGAGUUCGGGCAGCGGCGGCCUGCCGACGCCGCGGGCGACGCCGCAUCAGCCUAGCCCGGACGUGGUGCGGAUCUACGUGCCGUACACGUCGCCCACGUACACGUCGUCGGCGGUGGCCUCGUACAAGGACGACCUGCCGCGCACACUGCCCCGCUCCCUGGACACCAACAAGAUUCGCAUCCGCGUCGAUCCAGACCAGACGCCCAUCGUCGAGAACCUGAAGCCGUUCACGCUUGAGAGUCCGGAGGUCGAGCUGGAUUUGAAGUAGAGUGAGUCGUACGAGCUAACAUGCGAACAUGUGAAGUCGUAAAUGGCCGUGAUGUGUGCGUAACGAUAGGUUUGGGCGUCCUGGAAGUCGCGCCUAUUUGCCCAUAAUCCUGAGCCAAGAGGCAAGGCCAAUGUCAUGACGUUAAAGAUGUCUUUGAGAAACUUCUUUUUUUUUUUUCUUUUGAAUGGUCGCUCGAACAUUGGAUAUUUCAAAUACGUAUAAUAUAUAUCUUUUAUCAUUCUAAUUCCUAGCGUAUAUCUAACGUAUUUUCUUUUAUCUCUCUUGGAAAGUAAAAUAACACUGACUCAAAUCUCUUAUGUAAAAUACUCUGUUGUGUAAAAUUAUGUCAAAGAUUAAUAUUAGAGAUGAAGCAUCUGUGUGCAUAAAUUUCGAGAUACGACUCUAAGACUAAGUUUUCAAAAAUGAUGCGCGACUUCUGGCAUACCCCUGUAUAUGUAUAUCCUGCGACAAAUCGCGCGUGACAGGAAAAACAAUGACAAAUACUGCUAAAAAAAAAGCUAUUGUGUUAAAUCUCAAGAGAUCUCUUUAUAGAAAGCGUCAAUUGAUGAAUUAAGAUUUAGAAGUGAGAGAAAAAAAAAUUAAUGUACCGCGAUGUACCGUUUCUAGAACGUAAUCUUAAAUACUUACUAUGAUAUAAUCUUUGAUAUCCGUUAUUCUUAUAAAUUACAUUUCAAUUUAAAAAAAAGUUGUAAAGUUGUAAGAAUUCAAUUGUAUCUCAAUUCUAGAGAGGAUCUAUAAAAAGAUCGACAAUUAAUUACAUUCCACAAUUUACGAAGGUUCAAAAGGAUCUUGAAGAUCUAAAUGUUUUGCAAUUUAAGACAUGUUGAAAGCGGGAUAGAUUUUAUAACGCUUCAAUUUACGAAGAUCGAAAUGAACGAAGUAUUGUCGCUGCAUUUUGGCCUAAUUUACGUUUCAUAAAUGCAUUGCAUGUCACAUAGUAUUUCUCUAUAGGCAUAGCAGGAAUAAACGGAGCAACGGCAUUUCUGAAUUUAUGCCAACAAAUGAUGGAAUUGCGAACAAAAUAAACAUUAAACAUCUUUUCGCACAUCAUAACUUUUAGUGAAAUGGUAAAACAAAUAAUAGGAUAUAUCAUGUAUAUAUGUAUCAUGGUCUGAAUUUUAAAUCUGAUUGUAUAAAUUCAUAAGAAAACAUGAAAUUUAAUAAUUUUUUAGAAUUGUGUAACAGAGUUUAUAUUUGAUUUCAAUGAGAUGUGUUCCGAGUGCAACUACAUACUGUUAUAUUUAAAUUAAUUUUACGUUACGAAUACUUGUGAAAAAAAUACGCGCUAGUCUGCACACAAUCGAGAAUACAUCAUCUUCGGCAUUAUUAUGUCAAUGAUGUUUAGCUUGUCUUGUCUUGUUGUCAAACAAUUUGCACGAAAAGACAAAUAGAGGGUCCGUACACUGUCUGUUCUAUCGCACUUUCAUCAUUCGUUGAGUGUACUUCUAGGGAAAGAUAGUAUGCUACGUCUAUUUGUAUUGUGUCCAUGGUCUUUUCCUAUAUUUGUCACCUGCAGUCUUAUUUGCAGUUAUUUCCUUUCGGUUCCUACGAGGAAAAAAAAAUGCUACUACAAUAUAUCGAGUCGCUAUUAAGAAUUAAGGCGUAGAGGAUUUGUAUAUAAAACAAAGAUGUACCUAGAGGCAAAUUCAUUUUUUUACAUAACUACUGUAAAGAAUUGAGUUCUGUUAGAUAGGCAUUCAUAUACAUAUAUAUAUAUAUAUAAUCGAUAAUAUAAAUCUCGUUAAACUCUAAUAUAACCGAAUUUUGUAACGUAGCUACAUAAGAAAAUAGAUUUGUCUCUGAAUGUGAUGCGUUUCGCUACACUAAAAGUUUCUGGUCAGGAUCACGCCGUUUCUCGUUUUGUCUUUUUUUUUUUUUUACGUUAAACUUACUAGAAUAAAACUUCGUUGACGACGAAUCUUAUGAGCCACCGUGAGCUGGUAAACGAAUUUAUUAGUAGCACAAUGGUGUGGAGAAAUGUACGGUGUGUACUGCUUAUUUAUGCGCUCGCGAGCCAAUUAUAUCUGCCUGUCCUUGAGAGGAAAAACUACUCAUACUAGUUAAGUAUUAUGCUGCCUUGGUAAUAUCAACGCGUCUUUUUAAUUAAUUUACAUUGUUCUCAUUUUUUUCAUUUUUUUCCUCUUGUAAUUCGUACGUUGUAAGAAAGAUACUUUUGUACAUAUGCAUAAUAUUUAAAGAGCGAGAUGGAAGAAGGAAACAAGACUUUAUGUCAAAAAAAAAAAGAAGCGAAUGAAACUCCUCGGAGUAACCGUGCUCGAGCUCUUCGUCGUAGAAUGUGAAUAGUGAACAGCCUCCGAUUGUUGCCGCGCACCGAAAGUAUUUGUAUUAUUUGAUUGUGAGGCAUCGCGUUUGAAUGUGUGCACAUCCCUCGCUUUCGAUUUCGCCAACAUUCCCGAAAAACGCACGCAGUAUUCCACAAUGUACAUAGCCCUGCGGAUAGAGAGCCUAAAUAAAAGUGAAAAAGUUAUUCCCAAACGCGUAAACGUGGACUCGGCAAAUAAUCGAUUGCUAUAUCUAAUAAAUAAUAGCGUAAGAAACGAUGUUGGUUAAAUAAAUAUUAAAUGUUGAUCGUCCGGAUCUUUAUCGUGUUAACGCAAGAACAGGUUGAUAGGAUUAAAAAGCUACCAUAAGUUCCUCUCCGAUUAUUUUCAACGCGAUUCGUAACAGUUGUGACAACGGCGGCCUUAUACUUUCAAUUAAUUCAACGAGAAAAGAUUUUUUCUCGACUGUGUAAGAUAUUAUCGAAUUUAUUCGGAUACAAUUUUUAUUUCUUGCACUUUUAUAGCUAGACUGUCUUAUAGAGAAACUAGCUUUUAUUAACACUGUAAAAUAAUAUCUUGCCAGGCUAUGACACAAGUAACAUAAAGAGGAACAAGAAGUUGGUAUGAUCAAAUUGAAGGCAAAAUUUGUAAAUUUACUUCAAAGGAAGGAAUAAAUGAACACAGUUCUCCAUAUAAAUGUUGUUUAUUGUAUUUAAGACGAGAAAAUUAAUUUGUAAUAUAAAAUUAAAAAAUACAAGAGUUUUCUGUCCUUGAGGACAGGUCCGAAUAUUUUGAAUGCUUCGUAUAUGAAAACAAUCUAUUAUAUUCUGGUCUAGUUUUUUUCAAUAUAAAUAAUUUUUACGCAAAAAUUAAAUUUUAACGUUUCAUUAACCAUUUUGUAAUAACACUUUUCUAAUGUCCAUUUUAAAUUCAAUCUUUAAAGCAAAGUGUUGAGGAAAAACUACGCCAGAAAAUAGUAGAUUACUUCUUCAGAAGUCACAGAAUCGUGACAAAACUCGAAUUUUCGAACUUGUCUUUAAUGACAAAAAAUUCCUAUAUUUUUAAUGAAUUUUGUAUUACAAAUUAAUUUUUUACAUUUUAAAUAUAAUAGCAAAUAACAUUUAAAUGGAGAGUCCAUUUAUUCCUUUUCUUGAAAUAAAUUCGCAAAUUUCGCUUCGAAUUUGACUAUGCAAAUCUGUCCCCUUAAUAAAAAAAACUAGUGAGAAAAUUGUUAUACAGAAUAGAUAAAGGCGCUGAUCGGUGUUGUAACGCGUUCAUAGUUUGCUUUCGUAGUUUGCUUGAAGAGAAAAUCAAUCUCGAUACAGUCAAUCGAAUCAUUUGAGAAACGAAGAUACAUAAAGAAAUUUUACAAACGCGUUACGAGAGAAUUGUUAUAUGUCAAUGACCGUUCCGACAAUGCUGAUAAUGCCUAGCGUAGCUACCAGUCUCGCUGUAACGUCUCGAGUGGUUCGCGUUUACUCAUUAAUUACAUCUCGUCUGGUAGAACUGUGUAAAUUUGAUAACUGGCGUUAGUACGAAAAGUAUUUUAUCGACGAAUACACGGUGGCACCCUGUCAUCUGCAACAUUAUUCAUUUCGCAUUAUUGAAGUAUUAAUUUAGUUCUUAAGGAGCGAUUCUCCGUGAAGCAAAGCGACGACCAAUUAUCACUGCAUUUAUCCGACCGUGAGCGAGACGAUAAAUUUCGUAGGUAAUAUAAAUACGAUAAUGUAUUUUAACCAGCGCGAGAGGAAGUACAAUUACUUUAUUAUCAGGCCACGAACGCGAAUAUCGUUUACUUUAUUCGAGGAGUAAUCUCGAGUCUCCGCUUCAAUAAAUUUAAUUAGAAAUAAUUUCAGCGCGCAUCAGUUAUAAAUACAGCGUGUCGAAAAGUAUUUCUUUGCGACAGAUUCUUUUUGCAAAUUUCUCCUCGGCGAAGCUUCAAGAGGAAAACUCAAUUUCGAUUAUGCAUUUUACGCCUGUAUAAAAAAUCCGCGUAAUUUUCGAAGCCAGUUGAGACAAUUUCACCGAUCUUCGAACAGUCUCCCGUUGAAUCUGUCGCUAAAAAUUAAUACAGCACGAUUGACAUCGUUAUGAGACACGCUGUAUAUGUAUAUGUAUAUGUAUAUAUAUAUUCCCUGUUCAUUAUUCACAUUCGACCGGCUAUCCUUUGUACAGGCGAAAUAAUAGUCCAAACGUAAUGCCUGAAAAAAACGUGUGUAUAAACACUUUUUAAGACCAUUAGCGCGAGUCGAUAUUUUUUUUAUACGUGUGUUAGAGGCGGGAGAUGUAGCUUAUAGGCUCUCUCGCGCGUUAAUUUUCUCCUGUUCUCCUUAUAGAACACAGUAUAUAUAUAUGUGUAUACAUGUAUGUAUGUAUAUACACAUACAUAUACAUAUAUAGGAUGAUGUUUAUAAUCCGACGAAUGCAAUACUCAUCGAAACCAAUUAUCGACGAGAGGGGGAGGGAAAGGGGGAGCGCCGCAUUGUAAGUCGAUUAAUUGUCGAAACAAUAAAGUCUAAUUGUCAACAUAGCAAAAA